ACCGUACAGCCCUAUGAUGCUGGAGACGAAGCAGGAGCAGCAACUAACUCAUCUAUAUAGUCGCCACUUUCAAAAAGCCUCUUCCUUUUUAUGAUAAUUCAAAACGUCUCCUCCAUCUUGUCUCUGAGUAAAAAAUGAACAAAUCUCCCCACCAUGGAUCUGAUCAUUUGAAGGAACGAAGAGCGAAAUCCCGUCAAGUUGGCUCUCGUUUUCUCAGCCCCAGAAACUCCAUCGAGAGAGAAAACAUGCCGAACGUUGAAACGCUUGAUCAGAAGUCGGAUUUCAGGCAUCAAAGUCAGGCAACUCUCAAAGAAAAUCUCAUGCCCUCUCCGCUGAUUGAGGAUGAGGAGAGUUUCAUACUUCCUGCAAGGUAUUCCUUUGACCAAUACACAACUUCACCACUGAGGGAUUCCUCUAAACAUGAAUCAGAUUCAGAGUUGAGCGAUGCCUCAACUCACAAGAGGUGUUCAGUUCGAUCCUGUAAGCCUGGUAUCCAGAUUCCUUCCAAAUAUCUGCAUGAUUUAAGAUCAAGACCCAGAAAAUGUAGCAAGAAAGCACUCGCAGAAGAUCCCCAGGAAGUUAACAGCUUCAGGGGCAUCAAGAGGACUAAUUCACUAGCAAGGUAUGGAAGUUCGACUUCUCAGUGGGCGUUGUCACCAGGAAGAUCACGAUCACCACCGUUAUCGUUGGAAACCAAGGCCAUUCCAGUCCCGUGUUCAAGACUGAAAGUGAAACCUCCUCCGGUUGCUAGCCCUUCAAGAGCAAAGGGCGUGACUAUACCGUUGAACCUGGCUUUCAAUUUCUUCAAGAGCAAGAAUAACUCUUCAUCUUAUUCUCUUCGUGGGUUGGGCAAGUAA